AUGGCCACUCCCACGAUCGAAGAACUCCUCCAGCACCAGACUUUCAAAACACUCACCCCCAAUCAAGUCUCCUCCUUUAUGAAAUAUGGCUUCCUACGCCUUCCCGGAGCUAUUCCCCUAGACAAAUGCGAGUGGUGGGCCAAGGACGUCUGGCACCGCCUAGGAAUGGACCCGAAUGACAAGUCCACCUGGACGGCCGAGCGCUCACACAUGUCCAAGCACCACGUUGUCCCUGCCAAAGAAAUCGCUCCCGCGGCGUGGGAGGCUAUCUGCGAAUUAUGCGGGGGCGAGGAUCGAGUGGCCAAGGGGGGAGAGAUGUGGACAGAUGCCUUCAUCGUGAACCUGGGGAGUGAGGAAACGGAAGGUAAGAAGGUACCGCCCAAGGAGUUGGAUAAUUGGCAUGUCGAUGGGGAUUUCUUCGUCCAUUUCCUCGAUAGUCCUGAGCAGGCUUUGUUGGCGAUACCCUGCUGGAGCGACGUCGAGGAGAAUUCAGGAGCCACCUGGAUUUGUGACCAAGGGCCGAAGAGAAUUGGACAGGUGUUGUAUGAUCACCCGGAAGGACUUAAUCCAAUGAUGAAUCCCCGCGGAACAGGAAUCAGGCCAGAGCGUGAGCAUGCCUUCUUCGGUGAGAUGGUGCAAGAUGCACCCGACGAGAGCUUUCAUGAGAUGACAGGGAAAAAAGGAGAUGUCAUCCUGCUGCAUCCGCUCACGCUGCACAGCGCUAGUAAGAACGGACGGAGAUCAGCCAGAAUAAUCACAAACCCACCCGUCUCGCUCUCUGCUCCAUUUCAAUUCAACCGCUCGAACCCUGCGGACUAUAGCUUGAUUGAGCUCAAAACGAUGCAGGAUCUUGGAGGGCCGGAGAAGUUCAAGGAUUGGAAGAUUACGAGGGAGAGGGAAUUACUUGUUCCAGAGCGACUCCCUCGUCAGGAGAAGUUGCGGGAAAUAGAGAAUGAGAGGCUUCGGAAGCUGGGUCUGAAGACGGCAGAUGAAACGAUCAGCCAGCUGCCGCACCUAAUGAUUUCCAGGCAGCAGGCGGCGAAGGCGGGAGCAUAA